AUGGCUGAUGAGCGCAAGAAAAUCGAGGGUGCAGUGGCUCGACCAAUCCGCCACCCUGACUUCAAACCACUUUCGCUGACGUUGCGAACGAACGAUGCAGAGAAUCGUCCAUGUGAUAUGGGAGAGACGCCAGGAACGUGUUUGCUGGGUCGACCAACCGACGCCGAACCACCGUCCGAUAAAGCUUCCAUCUUGACCUCCCUCGUCCCUCCCCAGCACUUACUGUCUCAUCUGGUGGAAAUAUUCUUCGACCUCGUGCACCCCCAAAUGCGAGUCCUCCACCGACCCUCCUUUCUUUUGUGGAUAGAAAGCGGCAAUUUCAUCUCGGAGCCUGACUCCAUCCUCCUCAUUCUUACCAUCUCCGCGCUGGCUGCUAGAUUCUCCGAUCGACCCGAGGUAGACCUCUUCGACCGUAUGCUUCUGAGUGGGUCCUCUUCGACCCAAAACAAUCAAGUUGACUCACGCUUCAAGUGCAGCAAACGCUGCCAGCGAGGAAAGGGUUUCCUGACCCAAGCCAACCAACUUUUCCAUCGCGAAGCCUUGCGAAUGGAAAAGCUAGAGCUCGAGAUAGGAACCCCUCAGAAACCAACAAUUCGAUUUAUCCAAGCGACUACCUUGUUGAGCUUCGGCGAAAUCACAGAGACACUCAGUAGCCGCGCGUAUUCCCUCGUCUCGGCAGCCGUCCGAUUGGCCUACGACUAUGGCUUGGAUGAGAUCGAUUGUGAUCGCAUGCAGCUGAGUUUCGAGCCAAGCGAUCAUCGGGCCGAAUGUGUCAAGAAGGAAGAGCUUCGUCGCGUCUGGUGGGCUAUUUCCGACAUGGAGAAUUUCAUUUGUGUAGUCAAGUGCCGACCUCGCCUGAUCGAUUGGAGUCGAUGCAAGACAAGGCUUCCUUGCGAUGAUGUGGACUGGUUUGAGGGUCAUGAAGUGCCUUCGUCUUUCUUACCUGCGAGUGUCUACGACUUGCGCACCUCGCUAGACCUUCCAGCGCACAUUUCGGUCAUGGGGCAGCGAAUCUUAGUUAUGCAUCUGUUCGCCAACUUAGCCUAUCUUGCGGCUAGCAACGAUCAUGUAGAUGGCUGGCAUGAUUCCAUCUCGGCAAUUGAAGAAUGCCUCGCAGCCUGGAAACCAAAUAUGGCCCAAAGGGUCGAAUCAGGACAGACUGUUGAACCAGUUGAGGGUUUCUCAAAUGACGCUCUCAUGGCCUACUUGGUCCUUCAAACUGCCGAAAUUGUCAUGUGCAAUAUCAGAAUGUUCAAAAACGCGACCCCGGGCAAUCUUUUCACUUACUAUCAAGAUCUCUCCAAGGAACGCUCAACUAUGGGAAUACCAUUUGCUAACCAUCCGAGGCACAAGACACCCGAAUCUCGAGCAUUCUCAAAAGCACUUUACGUAUCGGAUGUUAUUUGCUCAACCAUCCGUGAUCAACCUACGGACUCUAUGGGUCCAUUCUUUUUCAUCGCACCUCUUCUGUGGGCACCGGCAUGUCUCCAGUUGUUGGUCAAAUCUUCCACAGCCGCUUGGCCGGAGCUGAUGGAAAGAGCGUCGCUUUCCUUGAGGAUCCUCACUAUGAGGAUGGAGCAGUGUGCUGAGUUUUGGGGGUUGGGACUCUUCUAUCUGGCUUCUUUCUCGCAAUUCGAGAAAAAGUUGACCAGAGACCCGCAAGGCGAAGGCUCUCCUAUCUCGAGGCAUCAAUACUUUCCUGACUUUCUUGAUGCUUCGUUUCUACGUGAGCUCUCGUCGAUCUAUUAUUUGGAUGAUGUCUUAACUGGCCUCCCCCGAGAUGGAGGCGUUGAAAUAGAACAGCAUGAAGGAUCAACUAAUUUGCAUGACCUUCUGAUGCAGUCGAAUGCUUUGCCGGUAAGCUCCGACGGGCUGCUAGGCUAUAUGGACAAUUUCAACUGGAUGGAGAUUAACUGGGAAGAGAUGAGCAGUUGGGUGGCAACAGAAUCGGAACUUACUGGUCUGUAG